AUGGCCUCACCCUCACCCUCAUGGCCUCACCUCACUUAUUCUGAGAGAGAGCACCUGCUCACGGUGGCGGACAGCGCAUGGGGGAGGCCGCCCGGCCUCGAUCCGGCGAAGGGCGUCACGGAGGUGGUUGCCCGACCUCGAUCCGGUCAAUGGCGUCGCAGAGGGGCCCUCCCGACCUGGAUCCGGCCAAGAGCGGCGCGGAGGUGGGCUGCCUGGCCUCGAUCAGCGCGGAGGGGGCUUCUCGGCCUCGAUCCGGCCAAGGGCGACGUGGAAGAGGCCGCUCGACCUCGAUCUGGUUCUAGCAAUAACAAGGUGAGCCGGCUGAUCUUCAACAUCUUGGGAGCCAAGUACAUCACCAUAUAUGACCUUGCACUGCUGUGCGCAAUGGCUGGAGGGGUCCCUGAUCCAGAGCUCUAA